CGAGUUUCCAAAUGGUCAGUCCGCCCCUGUACACACCUAUGCAUUUUCCACAGCGUUUUGCAUUUUGCAGAAACGCACUACAGUUCAUUAAAUGAUUUCCUAUGGGACACGUUCACAUCUCCAUGUUUUCACCCGGUGCGUUUUUUGGAAAGCGUCAAGGACUUUUUUAAAUGCAAAAAGUUACUUCAACGGAGACACUGCAGAAAAGCAUGUAGUGCAUUUUGCUGCUUUUUUUUAUGCGUUUUGCAUUUUAAUCUGCCUAGCAACAAGAAAACAAUGCAA